AUGGCGCCUGGCUGGUUUGAAUCCAGGAUCAAAUCCAAGGUCAGAAGGCUACGGCAGACCGCUCCCCAAGGAUCUACCGCAGCUCCUUCGUCACCAUCACCUUCGCCGACACCGUCUCGGCCUGCAUCCGAACCCGCAACCCGAACAACAUCUCAGCCAACGCCUUCUCCGCCCACCUCGACAGAUUCUAAAACCUCGUCGCUGCCGAGUCUGCAAGAACAACUUUGGAACCAAGCCUACGACGAGCUUAAAGCGAGCGAGCCAAAACUGGUCGAAGCGUACGAGGGGAUCUUAUCAGCUAGACUUCAUCGAAACGACUCGAGCCCUAUUGCCUCCGAACCGACCGAAAACGAGAUAGGAAAAACUCAAGAGACAAGAUGCCGCCAUAUGCAGCAGUUGGUCCAGGAAGGACUGGACCGGACGCAGAAGGCAGCGUCCAUCAAGCGAGGCAUCGACGAAGGCUUGCAAGCAGUGCAAGCGGUGAGGGGAGUAGUGGACAAGGCGGUGCAUGCCGCUCCAGAAGCCGCCGUCGCCUGGGUAGGCGUCUGCCUCGGACUAGAGAUCCUUUCGAACCCCGUCACCGAGGCACGCGAUAAUCGCAAAGGCAUCGCCUACGUCCUGUCGAGAAUGGAGUGGUACUGGAACUUGGUGUCCCUGCUUCUCGACGAGAACAAGGCCGAGCAAUCUUCCGCGGCACUGCGAGUCCAGCUGGAGAAGCACGUCGUGCAGCUCUACGAGAAACUUCUAUCGUAUCAGAUGAAGAGCGUUUGCCUUUAUCACCGUAACUGGGCCGCGGUCAUCGGAAGGGAUAUGGUCAAAAUCGAUGACUGGGCUGGCCAGCUCAGCGAGAUCCAGGAAGCCGAGGCUGCCGUGCAAAGAGACAUGGAACAAUACAAUAAUGAAGAGAGCAAGAUGCAACUUCGGAAACUCACCGACGCCGCAAGCGCUAUAGAGAUGAAUCUCCAAGACAUCCAUUCGGCCAUCCAGGACCAAACACGGCAGCAGGAGAGGAGACACCAAGACGAUGGGGAUAAGCAAUGCCUGAAAGACCUGCGCGAGACUGACCCUCGCGACGACAAGACGCGCAUCCAAGAUACGAAGGGCGGCCUGCUGAGGGACUCGUACCGCUGGAUCCUCGACAACGACGACUUCCAGCGAUGGCGUGACGAUCCGCAGAGCCAGCUGCUUUGGAUCAAAGGCGACCCUGGCAAGGGCAAGACGAUGCUGCUAUGCGGCAUCAUUGACGAGCUGGAGAAGGAGCCCGGCACUUGCCUAUCCUAUUUCUUCUGCCAGGCCACCGAGGCACAACUGAGUAAUGCGACGGCCGUGCUGCGUGGUCUGAUCUACCUUCUCGUCGAUCAACAGCCGUCGCUCAUCUCGCAUGUUCGGAAGAAGCACGACCAUGCGGGUAAGCAGCUUUUUGAGGACGGGAAUGCCUGGGAAGCCUUAUCCAAGAUCCUUGCGGCCAUGCUCAAUGACCCGAGUUUGGAUGGUGCGAUCCUGAUCGUUGAUGCCCUCGACGAAUGCAAAACGAAUCGAUAUCAGCUUCUCGACUUUAUCACCAAGCCUUCUCGCGUCAAGUGGAUAGUGUCUAGUCGCAACUGGCAGGACAUUGAGGAGAAACUAGAUAAUACAAAGCAGAAUGUCAGGUUGCACCUCGAGCUGAACAAAGACUCGGUCUCCAAGGCUGUUGACACGUACAUUGGAUACAAGGUGGAAGAGCUGGCAGGCCUUAAAAAUUACAACACUGAAACAAGGAAUGCUGUUCAACGCCACUUGGUUGACAAUGCCGACGGCACCUUUCUCUGGGUGGCCUUGGUCUGUAAAGAGCUUGCAGAUUCCAAGGUGGUCCGACAACGGCAUACGCUCUCCAAGUUAAAGUUGUUCCCACUAGGACUUGAUCCCCUCUACGAGCGAAUGAUGGAACAAAUCUCUGAUUCAAAUGAUGCAAACAUUUGCAAGGAGAUACUGGCUAUUGCUUCGGUCGUAUACCGACCUAUCACCUUGGAGGAAUUGAAGGUUCUUGUUAAGUCGCUCGAGGAGGACGACUACAAUGACCUGCCACAAAUCAUUAGGUCCUGUGGUUCUUUCCUGACUCUUCGAGAAGGUGUCAUCUACUUUGUGCAUCAAUCAGCCAAGGAUUUCCUGCUUAACAAGGCAUCCGACCAAGUCCUACCCUCUGGCGCCGCGCACCAGCACUAUGGCAUCUUCUCGAGGUCGCUGGAGGCUCUCUCGGAGACUCUCGAACGUGACAUUUACAAACUGGGCGUCCCAGGAUUUCCCAUCGAUCAGGUCUCGCCGCCCGACCCUGACCCAUUGGCUUCGAUACGAUAUUCCUGCGUCUUCUGGGUAGGCCAUCUCGAUAACUCGGAAUCCCAGGCGAAGAUGAGCGACAAGGUCCUACAGGACGCAGGGAUCGUCCAUGACUUCCUUCAAAAGAAAUAUCUCUAUUGGUUAGAAUCUCUCAGUCUGUUACGCAGCAUGUCGGAGGGGGUCAUGGCAGUGCAGAAGCUCGAAGCUUUAGUAAAUACCAAGGAAGCGCGACAACUGACGGAACUACUUCGAGACGCGCGCCGCUUUGUUCUUUCUCACAAGCAGGCCAUCGAGAUUGCUCCAAUACAGGCCUAUGUAUCAGCACUCGUGUUUAGUCCCACCCGCAGCCUAAUCAGAGAGCUCUUCGAAAAAGAAGAGCCGAACUGGAUCAUGCUCAAGCCGACCGUGGUAUCAGACUGGAAUGCAUGCCUGCAGACGCUCGAGGGCCAUGGCAAUUUGGUGGAGUCAGUGGCCUUCUCAGCGGAUGGCCGGUGGCUCGCGUCGGGCUCAUAUAAUAACACUGUCAAGGUUUGGGAUGCAGCAACGGGCGCAUGCGUGCAGACGCUCGAGGGCCAUGGAGCUUGGGUGACCUCAGCGGCCUUCGCAGCGGAUGGCCAGCGGCUCGCCUCGGGCUCAUACGAUAAGACGGUCAAGGUGUGGGAUGCGGCAACGGGCACGUGCGUGCAGACGCUCAAGGGCCAUGGCGAUUCAGUGAACUCGGUGGCCUUCUCAGCAGAUGGCCAGUGGCUCGCCUCGGGCUCAGGCGAUAAGAUGAUUAAGAUGUGGGAUGCGGCAACGGGCGCAUGCGUGCAGACGCUUGAGAGCCAUGGCGGUUCGGUGACCGCAGUGGCCUUCGCAGCGGAUGGCCAGCGGCUUGCGUCGAGCUCGCUCGAUCACACAGUCAAGGUCUGGGAUGCAGCAACGGGCGCGUGCGUGCAGACGCUUGAGAGCUAUCGCGGCGGUUGGGUGAACUCGGUGGCCUUCUCGGCGGAUAGCGAGCGGCUCGCGUCGGGCAUGCGCGAUAAUGUAGUCCAGGUCUGGGAUGCGGCAACGGGCGCGUGCGUGCAGACACUCGAGGGCCAUAGCGAUUCAGUGAACUCAGUGGCCUUCUCAGCAGAUGGCCAGUGGCUCGCCUCGGGCUCAGGCGAUAAGAUGAUGAAGGUGUGGGAUGCGGCAACGGGCGCGUGCGUGCAGACACUCGAGGGCCAUAGCGGUUCGGUCAAUUCGGUGGCCUUCUCGGCGGAUAGCCAGCGGCUCGCCUCGGGCUCAAGCGACUACACAGUCAAGGUCUGGGAUGCGACAACGGGCGCGUGCAUGAAGGCGCUCGAGGGCCAUAGCGGUUCGGUGUGUUCGGUGGCCCUCUCGGCGAAUGGCCAGCGGCUCGCGUCGGGCUCGAUCGAUCACACGGUCAAGGUCUGGGAUGCAGCAACGGGCGCGUGCGUGCAAACGCUCAAGGGCCACGGCGGUUCGGUGUACUCGGUGGCCUUGUCGGCGGAUGGCCAGCGGCUCGCCUCCGGCUCGUGCGAUGAUAUAGUCGAGGUUUGGGAUGCAGCAACGGGCGCAUACGUGCAGACACUCAAGGGCCAUGGUGAUUCAGUGAACUCGGUGGCCUUCUCAGCAGAUGGCCAGCGGCUCGCCUCGGGCUCAUACGAUAAGACGAUUAAGGUAUGGGAUACGGCAACGGGCGCAUGCGUACAGACGCUCGAGAUUGACCGGGUGAUUACCCACCUUUCCUUCGAUCCGACGACAAGCUCUCUCCUAUCUACCGACAUUGGACUUCUGAACUUGGAUCUAACAACUCUACCGUCUGCCAUCGAUACUCAGUCGACUGAGGUUGUUUCACGAGAUACGAGCCACUCUGGUUACGGUAUAAGCUCCGACGGUGUAUGGAUUGUGAAAGAUGAAAAGGGGAUGCUUUGGCUACCUGCAGAAUAUCGUGCGUCUGCAUCGACGGUGGUGGGAUCAACGGUCGCUAUCGGCUGCCUCUCAGGCCGUGUACUGAUGAUGAAGUUCUCUUAG